AUGGGUUCCCCCCAUUGGCUGGUGGAGGAGGUGUGCAAACCAGCACCAAAGGAUGGGGCAAUCAGGGGAGUAUUGCAAGGGUUACUCAUGGAUCUAUCUUUGUGUAAAAUCUGCUCCUUUUUAACAUUUGUUGUCUGCAUACAGUGUUUACGGUUAUUACAAAGGAUUUAUAUUUGUUAUAACAUGAAAUUGAGCAUUGAUAUAUUACUACUACUAUGCACUUUCUGAAUCCUUCACCUUUAUAUUGAAAAUUAACAAAGUCUUUAGCUGAGCUUUUAGGGUCACUUUUUCUGAUACUAAUUUUGGAAUUACAAAUUGUGAAUAAUUGACUGCUUUUCUAGGCUUCUGAUAUCUCGUUUGUGGAGAAGCUCACAAGUGGCUGCAAAUCUAAUCCUUGCUUUGAGCGAGCUCGUGGAAAGGAUCCGGGGUUUGUCAUUCAUCACUAUGCAGGAAAGGUGUGCGCAGUUUUUUUUCUACUAAUUGGAACAUUUAAAUUGUGUAUAUACUGUGACGUCCCGCCUGGCACCCCAACUGGGUGCCUCCGCCAAUCACUGCUCCCUAGCAACUUCGAGUACUCCUAAACACUCCACCAGGCACCAUAACCAUCAUAAACCCCACAGCCAGCGUUACAGCUUGGUUGGGGUCUUUCACCCACCCUGGAGCCAGCUUCCCGUGGGUAGACCUCUCCAAAUCCAGAGAGUAAAGCAGGAGAGCUAGUGAUUAUAAUCCAAGGGAGUAUGAGUAUAGCAAUCCCCAGAGUGAAUAUAGCCUUUCCCUCCACACAUGAGGCGAGGCUCUAUGUUGAGGGCGAAGAGGAACUGUUUAAUCGCAGCCACAACUGGCCUUAUACGCAAGUCUACAUGCAAGGGUUUUUUCCAUAACUAACAGUGGGCAUUCCCCACUGGACCUGAGAGGGGACUGUGACAAAGUACGCACUGUAAUUGUAUUGGCUCUCAGGUCCAGGACACUCCCACACAAAACAGGAUAAUCCCUCAUGAGAUAAUUGAGUCAGGAACUGUACCAAACUCAAUUAUCUCCAGGUACAGAAAACAUAAAUUUUAACAAUAUCCUGAAAGUACCCCCAAAAUACAUGGAAACCCCACAAAUGUCACAUUCCCUGAUAGUCCUGAUCUGGGGGACCAACAUAUCCAAAAAUCACCCAGAUCGAUUCAAGGGUUCGGGAUUUCCAUGGAGCUCAUAAUUUUGACUGACCAUUCACAUGGUCCUAUGCCCAAAACAGUUCCAGGGAAUAGGGUUAACGGUUGGUCUCUCUUUCUGGAAUGCAAAAGUACAUAAAUCACAUUAGUUUUUAAAGGGCCCAUAGUCUUUUGGCAAGAGUCUGGUCAGUAGGCCCCUCAAAGAGCCUGUGGCGAGGUUACUUUCGCCACAUAUACGUAGGGAAUAAUAAAUAAUGCUUGUAAAUGGUGUGCGGGGUAAAGGUAAAAAGACCCAAAUUAGAAAUGGGGAAAGUGGAUUGAUAGGGUUUGUUGUAUUUUUAUUCGGUUUAUUACCAGUUAAUGUUACAAUGUUGCAAACACCUUAUUGUCUCUUGAUCCCGUGUCUGACUUAUUUCUCCAUUCCUUCUCUAAUCUGUUUUCAUUCUUCUUGUGUGACCAGCUAUUUUAUCAUCACUUUUUAUGAUUUCAUUAUUUCUCCACUCUUCUUUUUUUUCCUCCAUCAUUCCCUCUUUUCCUUUGUGAAUACUUUCUUCCCUUCUCUGUUUGCAAUCUGUUGUCUUGUGUCUCCAUCUGUAUUCAUCCUUCUCUAUCUAGUUUUUCAUCACUAUCAUCCCAUUAACCUCCACAGGUUCACUAUACAGCUGUUGGGUUUCUUGAAAAGAAUCGAGAUACACUCCCCAUGAAUGUCCAAAGUCUCUUCAUGAACAGUGUGAUCUCUUUGCUAAGUGUCCUUUUCACAGGUACCGAUAUAUAUUUUCUGAAUUUUGGGUGAUCAGCGAUUUGUCUAUAACCAUGUGAAUGAAUCACAAAACAAAUGAAAUGAGCAAUGAAUGAGCCGUUUAAUUUGUUCUGUGAAAUGGAGUGUUUACCUUGGUGGUAAGAGAUGAUGUGGCAGCUGCCCAGGACAUGCUAGCCUAUGAGGGUGAUUAUGACCAUUCUAUUAGAUUAACAUAGUCUCCCUUAUGCCGCUACUUGCCAAGCCGUGGCUGGUGGUAACUAAACAGCUGUUAAUAUUGCUAGUACAUAAUAACUAAUUGGACUUUAUUUUGUCUUUGUUGCAGCCAGUAUUUCCAGAACUGGAACCCUGACACCCAUGCAGAGAGCCAAGGUCAAUGAAUUAACAUUUAAUAUUUUUCACCUUUUUAUUCUAUUGGUGCCGCUAUCUUGUGCUUUGUCCCUUUUGCCACAUUGUUCUUGCUUUUGCCUGUUUCUUCCUGCACUCAUCUAUGCUCUACCAUUUUUUCUCAAUCCCUUCAGCCGUAUUCCUGGGAUGGCAAUACCACGUCUCACUUUUCUCUUCUGCCUGAUCUCCAUCACUGUCUGGUCCCUUCUGACUCCCCCAAUCUUCAUGUCCAUUUUACAUGUUUUUAAAGUCCUAAUUUAGAUGAAGCAUAUAUAAUCUGACACCAAAUCUGAUACGUUAGAAUAAUCGAAUGUGAAAUGUUACAGGAUAGGCGGAAUGAUCUGGGAACACACAACCAACAAUGUGAAAAGGCCAGAAAGAAGCACGUGGCUUUUCGUCACACAAAAUCUUAGAAAUGGCAAAAUGCCUGAAAGAUGCAAGAAUAGUCUAGAGCAGGCCGACAUCAAAGCAGAACAGAGAAUCCCCAAUCUGGUUAGACAAGCCAUUCUCAGGAUAACAGAAAUUAGACCAGGCUAGGCGUCAGAAACCAAAAAUAAACUGAAUAAGUGCCCUCCAAGGUGAUUAAAGACUACGCCAGGACACGUGUUAAAACGUGAUGCAGGUUUAAGUAGAGGAUAAGGAGAUCGUAUUGGAGAAAAUCAAUUGAGUGACACUAGAAGGUGCACACAGCCAAUGAAUUGAUGUAAAACACAUGUAAUAAGUAUAAGAGUGACUUGUGUUAGACAAGACCACAAACAUGACGCCAGGGGUCACAAAGUGUGCCAUGCCAGGAAGGAGCAGGAAUGAAGACUAGGAGGGCAGAAGAGAGGAAACCUUCAGUAUCAGCCAUAGUUUGAGUUUUCUCAUAUUCUAACCAAAGAGACAAAUCUCUAUUAAUGGCAGUCAAUUUAUUUAUUGAAAUAGUGGGAAACAAAUUGACUUCCAAACCUCAGCCAUGUGUCUUCUAGCAGUCAAUAGUAUUUUAAUAACAAAUUUAUUUUAAUUCCGGGACACUAUAGUCACCAAAACAACUUCAUCUUAAUCGGUUUUUCAGAUUCACCUUUAUUAUCACUGUGCAAUGGACAUACAAAGACAAUGAAAUACAUUGGCCUCUGGUCAGAAUUGAGGUCAUUUAUUUAUUUUAAUAAUUUUUUUUUUUUAUUCUUUAUUUUUUGAGUGCAUAGAGAAAAAGCAGUGACAAAUGCGUUUGUCGUGCCCCAACAGCAUGUACUCACGAUUUAACAGUUAAGAGCGAUUAACUAAGGUAUGGCAUGGGAAUACAAUGCACAUUUUUUAUAUAAAUUAUGACAUCAAGGCUAGUUCUGAGCAUAGGUAGUUGUAACGGAACUCCCCGUACUCCAACAGAGUACGUUCCGUUGACGGAGGCUUCCUAGCCUGCGCCGAGGAUCACAAGCACCGCACCGGACACCACAACCACCGUAGCUUAACUGGGGUCUAGCAGUCUUCUGUCCACCCUGGAUCAGCUUCUGUCCUCCAGCACCGUGUGGGGAAGACCUCUCCUUCAGGAGAGCGUAUCAGGAACAAGCUCUUAAAAGAGCUAAGUGAUUAAAGCUCAAGGGAGUAUGCAGAGCAUAGCAAUCCCCAGUGUGAUUAUAGCUGUCCCCUCCAAUCACGAGACAAGACUACGUGUUGAGCUUCAAGAAGAACUGACUGUAUUGGCACAUACAGCCUCUUUUAUUCACAUUCUACAAACAUAGUACUGCCCACAGGGUUUUGAAGAACAACCAAUCAACACAUUACAACACAGCUGUGACGAGACCAAUCUCGCCACAUUGCAUUGGAGAAGCCUGGUUGCUCGCCUGCUGCCUUUGGACUAUGGCCCCCUUUUAAAAGACUUUAUUUUUGCCUGCAGAAAAGCUGUAUUCGUGCUUUUCUGCCUGGGGUUCAGUAGAUUUGUUUGAAUGUGUUAUACCCCAGAUAGGAAUCCCAUGGAGCCCAUUAGUAUGAAACUGACUGUAAAGACUUUGGCUCCAUGGCGAUUAAACUGUAUUUGUGUGGUCCGAGCGCCAUUCACUUAAUAAUGUGCGCUCAGACCUGAGCUAUCUGGGGAUAUGUGAAAUGUCUGUGUGUUAUGUGUAAAAUGUGACUUUAUGUAUUUUAAAGUGUUUUGUGUCUUUUUGCAACCAUGUGCUUAAUGGAGUCUUGUGUCUGUCCUGGGAGAUAAUUGAAUUACUUAUCUCCAGGAUAGAAGACUCUGAAACUGGUUUGGGCCAGAAAGCCAUGCUUCAUUUAGUCACAAAGGACUUUCCCUUAACUUUUGAACCCCUGGUCUGAUACAUGCCAUUUUUUAAUAUGUUGUUCCCCUGAAUGGAUUGAUUGUGAAUAUGUAAUUUUAUGUGAAUGUGAUGUAUGGUUUUAGAGUUAUGAAAGUUGGGUAGAAAGUAUGUUUUAACUGUAUGUGUAAUUGAGUUUCCUCUCAGGAUAAGGGGAGGGAAUAUGUGGGAUGUAACUGUGAUGUGAUUGGUUGUUUUAUACCUCCCUGUGGGCGGUCCUGUAUUUGACAAGACUGUAAUAAAAACCAGGCUGGGUGUGCCAGCACCUCAGACCACUGCUUGACCCUCAACACGGAGCCUUGUCUCGUUCUUGGGGGGAUUCACUGUAUGCUGUUAGAGACUGAUUGCCAGGAGUGUAAGCUGCUUGGGAGCUUUUCCUGUUCGUCUGCUAGCAGCUAUUUGGGAGGUUCCAGUUCGGGAGUUGGAGUGCUAUUUUGUAUCCAGUUUGGGAGUUUGAUGUUCUGCAGUAGCUGUGCCUGUAUCUCUGGAAAGGGGGCCGAUCGCCUAAACGGUUUUUACCCCUUGUGUGCAAAACGGUCCGUUACAACAGCUAACACUCCCAUUCAUUACAUCAGUUAUCCACCCCUCUGCCUGUGAUAAAAUUAUCUCAACACAAUAGACUAACUUAAUUAUCACAGGCAGGAAAAUACAGUAUUAUAAAACAUAUCAAAGAGACCCCAAAACCUGCAAUAACCCUGUAAAUAUAUCCUUGGAACCGGGGGAUCUGGGCGAACCACAUAUCCAAAAUUUACCCAGAUCCGUUCAGUAGUUUGCAAGAUACGGUUUAAUGCAGAUUCUGCAGAACAUAUACAGGCUAUAUGAAAAAUAAUUACUGUUAAAUGUGUCCCCUGUAAUGUAGUUUAAAACUGCUGCACGAUGUCUUUGUGCACCAAAUACCGGCGAGAUGGCACCGUGUAGAAAAGUCAAAACAGUGUCUGUGAGUUAAAAUGGCUGCCUUCCAUUGUUCUCACCAUGUGCUUCAUCCAUUGUUCUCACCAUGUGCCUCUGAUACAUGAAAUGGUGGCCACCCAGUAACUCCACAGUUUGUCUGGUAGUCUAUACAGCCGGACCAACAGAUGAAACACAUGGGGAACAGUGCGACAAAUGAAGGGAAUCAUAAAAAAUAUGGACAAUAGUCAUAUUUGUGUACAAUCUCCAGUUUUGUCUCAGGGCCCAAAUAGUGUUUUCAAAUGCCAUAUAUCCCAGGGCCAUAGUCAGAAGGUAGGAGGCUGGCAAUCAGUCCUCUCCAAUGCCCAGUGGCAAAUGGCAGUUUGUCACACAUGUGAAAUAGUUGUUUGGGUUCGCGGGAAAGUGAGGUUAUGAGGGUAUUGAAGUAAUUUACUUUUGCAGAUGAAAGAGCCAAGCUGUAUCAGCGCAGCAUAAAUUUAUAGUGGAGAAAGUCAGAUGCACAGUGAAACUUUCUCCAGCAGCGUUCAGCAGUUCUGGAGGAUUUGUGGAGGUAUCGAGUCAGCUUGGUGUGCCAGGGUUGUUGUUGGGGGACCUGCUGCAUUUAAAUGUAGGAGGUGUUAUGAUGUCUAGUUGAAAGAAGAGGGUGGAAUUGUAGGAGGAGUUUGCAGAGCUAGUGCAUGUGAGGUUUGAGAUAGUUAAAAGGAGAGUUUGGAGAUUAGUGGAGAAAUGCUCAAGGUCAAGACAUUGGAGGUUUCUGUGAGAUUGAUGUUCAGAUGGUGGUGUCAAUUGGGUCUUAGGUAUGCCAAUGUCAAAAGUCAGCAGAUGGUGGUCAGAUAGAGGAAAAGGAAUAUUGGAGAGAUUAGAGGCGAUACAGAGAUUGGUGAAGGUGAGAUCAAGAGUGUUUCCCGCUGUAUGGGUUGCUAAAUUUGACCAUUUAUAAAGCCCCGCUCUCAUUGCAGUACGUCCUAUAUAAAGCAUCGCUCUCAUUGCACUACAUCCUAUAUAAAGCCCCUGCUCUAAUUGUGCUACACCACUGCUAUGUUUAUGAAAAAAAGGGUUAACCCUAGCUGGACCUGGCACCCAGACCACUUCAUUAAGCUGAAGUGGUCUGGGUGCCUAGAGUUGUCCUUUAAUAAACCUAACUGAACCUACUCUAACUGCUCCCUCUCCCCAUUAAAGUAAUCGACUUACCUGUUUUUAUAUUUUAGGUUCAGGUCGCACAGGAGAGAUUUCCCUCUCGGAAAAUGUCUGUGGGAGCUCAAUUUCGGGUAUGAGUAUUUCCUUUUUCACUGAAGUAUAUUUUAUACAUGUUAUUUACUUUUCAACUGUCCGUAUUUACAUGCUCUUCAGUUUGUCAUUUUACAUUUCUUUGCUAAUGAAAUUUACAUUCAUAUUCCCCAUUCCUCUGCUCUAUUCCUCUGCUCUGUGCUGUCUACUAGUCGUAUUCUACAUUUCUGGGGAAAAACAUCCGGGGUGGGGCUCGAUUGCUGAGAUGGACACACACUAAUUUGUAGCUCCUUCAUUUUGAUGCGCAUAUGACUUAUAAUUACCAUUAUUCACCCUGGAAACAGAUCCAUACCUUGCUUAGAUUAGAUCCACUCUUCGGACAUUAGGUACCUGAAUGGGAGCAAUACAGCUCAUAUUUACGCCUGUCUGAGGGAAUAUCACUACCCAUGUUUGUGGUGAAAGGGAUCUCGCCACUGGUUCUUGGAGGGGACUGAUUGCCAGCCUCAUGCGUUGGGACUAUGCCCCCUGGGAUAUUGUGCACUUUUAAAAACAGUAUUGGGGCUUAUGGACUUCUAUUGGACUGUGUAUGGCCCUUUAAGAUCUGUAUCUGGGCUUAUUGAGACUUUUUGGGACAAUGCCCAUUUAAGACGGCAUCGCCAGUGUCCCCAGACUGGUUUGGGACAAUACCCCUUUAAGACUGUGUCCCCAGACAUGUGCCCUCUUGGUUCAGUAAAUGGGGCUUACUGAACCAAGUACCACACAGACGGACCACAAAGAAGUGGAAGUGUGCGGCUAAUUUACCUCCCAGGCUGGGAGGCUGCUGUAGGUAAAUUGGUGGCCGCCGUUCGUACGAACACGUGGUGGCGACCAUUUUUAUUCAUUCGAACGCGGUCAGCGGUGUGUGCAGCCAAAUCUAUGGAAUUAAAAUCGUCUACCCAUCUGUAUGAAUACCGCUGACCCUUACCUUCCCCUCCACUCAUCUAAGUCCCGUUCGGCUAUUUGAACACACAGCUACACUAAGCUAUUUAAGUGAGUGGAGCGCUGAAUGUUCACACUUACCCUUAAUUAGGGUUAGAUCUCAGGUAUAUAUAUGUACAUGCAAAUGAAACAGAGAAAUACAACACAAUAUAGUUUAAAUCCGUGAAUGGAAGAAAUAUCGUGAUAAUAUAUCAAUAAUCAGACUCACAUGGAUUAGAGCCUCAUAAAAGGACAGGCUCAAAUCUCUUCAACAUUAGUAUCGUAUGGAGACACUGCACCCUUUAACCGGAGUAGAUUUCCUCAAAGAAAAAAGAGAAAAACAGGGGAAAGAAACCCCCUAGUGUACUAUGUAUAUAACUAAUAGUGCACAAACAGUGGUUAUAGUAGUGCUCACCUGGUUCAGAGCCAAUGAGAUCCUGGCUCUAGAUGAUAGACUUGAGUGCCUUUAAAAGGGGGCACUUACCCCUCUUUAACAUCAAGAUAGGACCAAAGGCCAAUUGGAUAUAUAUAAAAAAUGGCUCUGAACCAGGUGAGCACUACUAUAACCACUAUUUGUGCACUACCUAUUAUAUACAUAGUACACUAGGGGGUUUCUUUCCCCUGUUUUUCUCUUUUUUUCUUUGAGGAAAUCUACUCCCGUUAAAGGGUGCAGUGUCUCCAUACGAUACUAAUGUUGAAGAGAUUUGAGCCUGUCCUUUUAUGAGGCUCUAAUCCAUGUGAGUCUGAUUAUUGAUAUAUUAUCACGAUAUUUCUUCCAUUCACGGAUUUACACUAUAUUGUGUUGUAUUUCUCUGUUUCAUUUGCAUGUACAUAUAUAUACCUGAGAUCUAACCCUAAUUAAGGGUAAGUGUGAACAUUCAGCGCUCCACUCACUUGACUAGUACGGUCUGGGUUUUUAUCCACUCUAUACUGGUCUCACUGUGUUUUACUUCUAUAUUUUAGUGGGGGAUAGAGAGCACCCACUAGAGUGUGUAGCUGCUUUUAUACCACUUUAUUAUUCCUAUAAGCGCACUAAACACAGUAACCACCAUAGUUUGAACACUAAGCUAUUUGCACGAUCGGUGCCCCGCAUCCGUUCGCACAUGCGAAUGGGACUUAGUCAUUUUUCAGUGCGAAAUUGACUGACGCACAGCCCAAAUCUAUGGAACUGUUUUGGGCAGGAAAAGGUGCUUGCGGUCGGUCACAAAGGACUUCCGACUAACUUUUUAACCCCUGGAGGGAUUUGUAUGUUUUUUGAGAGUGUUCAUAUUUGAAGUAUGCUGAGUAAUAUGUGCUUUUUAUGGAGAUUGGCUGUAUAGUUUUAAAGUUACAGUACAUGUGUAAAAAGUAUGUUUUUCCUGCCGAUGAUAAUUACAUUAACCCAUUGUGUACAGUAAUUAUAUCACAGGCAGAGGGGAGGAUUUUGUGGGAAUGUUUUACUAUAUAAUACUUGUUUGGUUGUUCUUCAAAACCCUGUGGGCAGUACUAUUUGUGUAAAAUGUGCAUAAAAGAGUGUUUCAUUAAAACUUGAGUUCUACUUCACCCUCAAUUUGGAGUCCCGUAUCUUAUUGGGGGGCUCUGCUACAAGGGAUUGCAAUGCUCUGCAUAUUCCCUUGCUAUAAUCACUCCUAAGCUUGUUCCUGCUUCGCUCUGAAGAAAGAGAGGUUCAGCCUUCAGUGGUUGUGGUGUCUGUUAGAAUGCUUGGAGCCCUCAGGAAGCGCUAGGAGCAUCCUUCAACAGAGGUACCCAGUCCGGGGGCCAGGUGAUCAGUUACAAUGUUCUAGCAACCUAGUCCGGCUGACUGACUUAUGUGAGAAGCUGUUAUCUCCCGGCUUGAAAAGGGCUUAAUAUUGUGGUAUCCUAACCAUGGCCAGCCACCCUAUCCACAUGGACCAGUGGGGGUUAUUCCAGUACCCACCAGGAAAGAAUCUGUAGACGUUCAGAAGGCACUCAGCCUUUCUUCCACUCCGGCACUAUGAGACCUUGUUACAAAAUAAAGAUCAGGAAGGAAUCUAAUCUCAUACCCAUCUCUUGUUCCUCUAAAUCCCCCUUCAAUACUGCCCUCUGGAACGCACGCUCUGUCUGCAAUAUAACUAAAUCCACUGCUGUCCAUGACUACUUCAUCUCUCAUUCAAUAGAUUUACUAGCCUUAACAGAAACCUGGCUCUUCCCUUCUGACACUGCCACCCCUGCAUCUUUGUCCUUCGGUGGUCUCCAACUUACUCACACCCCAAGAAACUCUGAAUGUAAAGGUGGUGGUGUUGGGUUUCUCCUCUCCCCUCACUGCUCUUUUAAACCUCUUCCCACCCCCCCUUCCCUCUCUUUCCCAUCAUUUGAAAUACACUCAAUUCGCCUUUUCAAACCUUUCGCUGCUAACAUUGCUGUUAUUUACCGUCCCCCUGGUUCCCCUCUUCUCUUCCUUGACCAUUUUGCUGGCUGGCUACCCUAUUUCCUCUCUUCUAACAUCCCAUCCCUAAUUCUCGGGGACUUCAAUAUUCCUAUAAACCCACCUUUGACCUCUGCAGCCAAUAAACUACUUUCAAUUACUUCCUCCCUCGGGCUAUCACAGUGGGCAAAUUCUCCCACCCAUGUAGCUGGCAAUACCCUUGACCUAAUCUUCACUUAUGCAUGUACUGUAUCUAAUAUCUGCAACACUCCUUAUCCUCUCUCUGAUCACCACCUCUUAUCGUUUGCUCUCACGUACCCCCUCACCCAACAACCUCCGCCUAACCAGCCUCAACUCAGGAGGGACCUUAAUUCUCUUGAUCUCCAACAGUUGUCAGCUGACAUUGAUUCACAACUGCUAUCCAUCCCUUCCCUAUCCUGUCCUUCACUGGCCAUCUCCAUAUAUAACUCUACUCUUACAUCUGCCUUGAACACUGCAGCGCCACUCCAAACAAGCACCUCAAGGAGGACCCGCCCCCAACCAUGGCAUACUAAAUCAACGCGCUACCUGCAAAGAUGCUCCCGGUGUGCUGAACGCUCCUGGAGGAAGUCUCGCACCCAGUCAGACUUUCUCCAUUAUAGAUUCAUACUGUGUUCAUACAGUGCAGCCCUUGCCCUUGCCAAACAGUCCUAUUUUUCCUCUCUCAUUAGUUCAUGUUCCCGCAACCCCAGGCGUCUCUUUGACACCUUUAAUUCUCUUCUUCGCCCCGCUGUGGCCACCCCCCAAACCAACCUUACUGCUGACAACUUUGCAUGUUACUUCACUGACAAAAUUGAACAGCUAAGGAAAGAAUUCUCGCCUCCUUGCCUUUCUGUUUCUCAAUCACACAUUGAUCAUGCCUUUCCUACCCUUCAGACAUUCUCCCCAGCCACUGACCAAGAGGUGGCUGCCCUUCUUUGCUCCUCUCGCCCCACCACUUGCCCGCUCGAUCCUGUCCCAUCUCACCUUAUCAGAUCUCUCUCCGCUUGUCUCGUGCCUUCUCUAACACACAUCUUCAACUGCUCGCUCUCUUCUGGCAUCGUCCCUGCUGACCUUAAGCAUGCCACUGUAGUACCUAUACUAAAAAAACCAUCCCUUGACCCGUCCACCCCCUCUAACUACCGUCCCAUAUCCCUGCUCCCUUUUUCCUCAAAGCUUCUGGAAAGACUCGUCUUUACCCGUGUGUCUAAUUUCCUCAAUUCCAACUCUCUUCUUGACCCCCUUCAAUCUGGCUUCCGCCCUCUCCACUCUACAGAGACUGCCCUUAUCAAAGUUACUAACGACCUAAUCGCAGCUAAAUCCAAAGGCCACUACUCCAUACUAAUUCUUCUUGACCUCUCGGCGGCCUUUGACACCGUUGAUCAUGCUCUCCUUCUUCAAACUCUGCAAUCGCUUGGUCUCUGUGACUCUGUCCUCUCGUGGUUUUCCUCUUAUCUCUCCCAACGCUCAUUCAGUGUCUCUUUUUCUAAUGAUACCUCCUCCCCUCGCCCUGUCUCGGUUGGAGUCCCCCAAGGCUCCGUCCUUGGUCCCCUUCUAUUUUCUCUUUAUACUGCCUCUCUUGGCAAACUUAUCACCUCAUUUGGUUUCCACUACCACCUGUACGCUGAUGACACCCAGCUAUAUCUCUCCUCCCCGGACCUCUCCCCUGCUGUCCUGCAACGUGUCACUGCUUGCCUUUCUUCCAUCUCUGACUGGAUGUCCUCCCGCUUUCUGAAACUCAAUCUCUCAAAAACUGAGCUCCUUGUCUUUCCUCCUCCUAAUACUGAUCCUCCUCUUUCGCUCUCCCUUCAAGUUUGUGGUACCAACAUCAGCCCAUCCUUGCAAGCGCGCUGUCUUGGCGUCAUACUUGACUCUGGUCUCACCUUUGAGCCUCACAUCCAGCAUGUUGCCAAAUCCUGUAGAUUCCAUCUCAAAAACAUAGCCCGCAUCCGCCCCUUUCUUGCACCAGAUACUACCAAGGAGCUUGUCCAUGCUCUAAUAAUUUCCCGCAUGGAUUAUUGUAACCCUCUCCUGCUUGGUCUUCCCAAAAGCCGUACUGCACCCCUACAGUCUGUAAUGAAUGCUGCUGCUAGACUGAUUUUCCUCUCUAGUCGGUUCUCUCACACCUCACCCCUCUGCCAGUCCUUACAUUGGCUUCCUGUGUGCUAUAGGAGUCAAUUCAAGGCACUAACUCACACCUAUAAAGCACUGAACAACUCUAGCCCCUCCUAUAUCUCCUCACUGAUCCACAGGUAUGUCCCUUCUCGGUCUCUCCGCUCUGCCCGUGACCACCUCCUGUCCGUUGUCCGCACCCGUACGGCCAACUCGCGCUUGCAGGACUUCUCGCGGGCGGCUCCCUUCCUAUGGAAUAGCCUGCCUACCGCCAUCCGACUCUCCCCUAGUCUUGCAUCUUUUAAGAAGUGCCUUAAAACCCAUCUCUUUAGGAAAGCCUAUGGCCUCCAAGACUAACCCCUACCUCACUUACCUGUCUCUUGCCCUCCCCUAAAGGGCAGCCCACCUUUUUUUUGAUUGCACACUCCUGUCCUAAUGUGUCUUACACCCCACCUCCUAUAGAAUGUAAGCUCGAUUGAGCAGGGUACUCUUCAACCUAUUGUUCCUGUAAGUUUAUUUGUAAUUGUCCUAUUUAUUGUUAAAUCCCCUUUCAUAAUAUUGUAAAGCACUACGGAAUCUGUUGGCGCUAUAUAAAUGGCAAUAAUAAUAAUAAUAAUAAUAAAGAUCAUUUCAAGAAAAUUACAAAGCCAUUUGUGAAGCCUUUUGGGUUUUAUCUACUCUCGUGAAUCACAACUCACCUCAACCACUAACAGCCGCAGGUGGAGUUCCGGCAAGUCACCACCACAUGCUCUAUAUGCUAAGUACCAAGAUGGGAGAUGUUCCUGUGUGCUGUUAACACUCUUGGAGUCCUCUCUGACAUGGGAGUCUCAUGGGACUUUGACCCGGGAGAUAAAGGUUUGGUGGGCUGUUGGUACCGGUACUUAAGUUCUGUAUUUCAAAGGAAAAAGCACUAUACAAUGGAGAACACUUGCACAAUUAAAGCUUAUACUUUUAUUAAUGUCUACAUAGUUACAUAGCUGAAAAUAGACUUGCGUCCAUCAAGUUCAGCCUUCCUCACAUUUGUUUUUAUUCCUUCUUAACCCCAGAAUGGCAGUCAGAUUUAUCCUUGGAUCAAGCAGUUAUUACCCUACAUUGAAAGAUUAUAUCCUUGAAUAUUCUGUUUUUGCAAGUAUGCAUCUAGUAGCUGUCUACAAAAGUGAAGAUUAAGAAAAGAUUCAGUGUUACAUGUUAUGUAGUGGGAAUUACUGAACAUCAGUCUCUAAUUGUCAGGAUACUAGUUGAUCCAGCACGCAGAACUGUAUUACACCUAGAACUUACGGUAAGGCCUUACCAGGCCUUAGAAUGGCCGGACUUAACGUACCAGAGAAUAGUCAGAAUACUUGCCGAGGUCAGGGACACAGAAUGGGACACAACAAUGAGGGAAAGCCAAAAGUCAAGGGUACCAGAAUACAAGGAAGUCAAACAAAGCCAAAGUCAAUCACCAGAAAUAAACGCUCAGGAACACACUCUCGGACAACCACUAAGGGAAACCAUGACAGGGCAAUGAGGAAAGGCGAGAAAAGAGUUUAAAUAAGUCUCCUUUAAAUUCUGACCCCAGAACGUGCGUGCGCUAACAUUGCGUGAUGUCAUACACACGUUGACGUCAUCAAUACCGUUGGUGGAUGUGGGGUUAUAAAUUGGUAUGGGUCGUCAAUAUGCUGCAGGAGUCAGACACACCGGCACAGGGCUGCUGACCAGCAUCUCCACCAAUGCCAAGAAGGUAGUUAUCUGGAGAGACACCACAAGGUGAGGAUGAACAUGUGACACUAAUGCUAAUAUGGAAUGCCAGCCAGUACUCUCAUCCUAUUGCACAGGCUGUGUAACUGGAUUCAUAUUUCCUAUGACAUGACUGUGAUAGUGUGGUAACUGACUUGAAAUACCAAAUAAAUCAUUAGCGGAGCUUGGCUUCGGAGUGGAGCCGGACACAUGCCUGAGCUCCUGACUUCUAGGCUGGUUUUGGAGGUAUUUCCUCUACCACUGGGCAUCCCAACACAUCGACUGGCUCUGCUACAGUCCUGGGUUCCCGAUGCUGCAGUUGGGAGCCUUGAUUGAGCCUGUUCUCCACUGAAGCAUGGGGUUUUACUGCCGUGUUCUACUGGGGACAAUGCUGGGGAUGGGCAGCCGAUCGCCCUGCAUACUGAUCUGUUGUUUGGCUCUGCGGUGCUCGCUAAACUGUGCUUACACAUUCAUUUCCCUAAUAGAUACUUUAGCACUUUUUUGUGCCAUUUAAUGGAUCAUCUUUUAGCAUUUUUUUGUGCUAUUUAAUGUGCUAGUUUGUUAGUGGCCUUUAAUUGAUUUGUGCCUUUAUUCUGGCAAUUUUCAUGUUUUCUAAAAAUCUAAAGUGCUCCCUCUUCACAGCAAUCACUCUCCGUUCUCAUGGAGAAGAUGUAUUUGUCCAGCCCUCACUUUAUUCGAUGCAUCAAACCUAACAACAAAAAGGAUCCGUUGGUUUUUGAGACAGAACUAGUCCUUGAUCAGGUAAAUCUAAUUGGGAUUCGAUUUGAACAAACUCAUAUGCCAAUGUUGGCUAAAACAGUGGGAGGAACAGGCUGAAAAAAGUUCACGUCUUAGAUGUGAUAGAGAGACAUUAAUUGAAGAAGCAUGACCUUUUUAUGUUAGACUAUGGUAAGAUGAAUAGAUAAUUGUAUGAAGAAAUUCCAAUGUGACCCAUGUGAUAAGUCGGGGUCUUGCAUUUAGAAAAUACACACUCCCUCUAGCUGGACAAGGAGAUUAGAUUGAGUUAAACACACAUACACCUGACUCCAGCUUUAACCAGGUGGGAUCGUACAAGGGAAACCACAGUCUCACUUUCAUGUUACUUAAGCCUUGUUUGCUUACAGCUCCGAUACAAUGGCUUAAUGGAGACUGUACGAAUCCGCAGAGAUGGCUUCUCUUGGAGGCCCUCCUUCCAGGAAUUUGUUGGCCGGUAAGAAUGUCUAAACUUUAUAAAAAAAACUUUAUAAAAAAUAAAGAAAGGAAAACUUUUGGUAGCAGCAGUAGUGACAACUUAGUCUAGACAACUAAAAUCAUGUUAUAUGAUGUAGGAUUCACAGUCAUCGAGGUGCCAGAGCCACGCAGUGCAUAAUAAACUAAAUUAGUGGAAGGUUGUUAGAGUCUAAAUCUAGGGUGUUAGCAGAACGCUAGUGACCAUUACAUAGUGAUCUGGGUAGUAAAGAGAUUCAACUCUAUGUGGAAGGCUCUCAGAAUGCAGAUAUAGGAAGUUAGUGGAAGUUGGUAGAAAGUUAUCAGACUAAGAUAUAGGAAGUUAAUGGAAGGUUAUCAGACUAAGAUAUAGGAAGUUAAUGGAAGGUUAUCAGACUAAGAUAUAGGAAGUUAAUGGGAGGUUAUCAGACUACAGAUUUAGGAAGUUAAUGGGAGGUUAUCAGACUAAGAUAUAGGAAGUUAAUGGGAGGUUAUCAGACUAAGAUAUAGGAAGUUAAUGGGAGGUUAUCAGACUACAGAUAUAGGAAGUUAAUGGGAGGUUAUCAGACUAAGAUAUAGGAAGUUAAUGGGAGGUUAUCAGAAUACAGAUAUAGGAAGUUAAUGAGAGGUUAUCAGACUACAGAUAUAGUAAGUUAGUGGGAGGUUAUCAGACUACAGAUAUAGGAAGUUAAUGGAAGGUUAUCAGGCUAAGAUAUAGGAAGUUAAUGGAAGGUUAUCAGACUAAGAUAUAGGAAGUUAAUGGACGGUUAUCAGAAUACAGAUAUAGGAAGUUAAUGGAAGGUUAUCAGAAUACAGAUAUAGUAAGUUAGUGGGAGGUUAUCAGACUACAGAUAUAGAAAGUUAAUGGGAGGUUAUCAGAAUACAGAUAUAGGAAGUUAAUGGGAGGUUAUCAGACUACAGAUAUAGGAAGUUAAUGGGAGGUUAUCAGACUACAGAUAUAGGAAGUUAAUGGGAGGUUAUCAGACUAAGAUAUAGGAAGUUAAUGGAAGGUUAUCAGAAUACAGAUAUAGGAAGUUAAUGGAAAGUUAUCAGACUACAGAUAUAGGAAGUUAAUGGGAGGUUAUCAGAAUACAGAUAUAGGAAGUUAAUGGGAGGUUAUCAGACUACAGAUAUAGGAAGUUAAUGGGAGGUUAUCAGACUAAGAUAUAGGAAGUUAAUGGAAGGUUAUCAGACUACAGAUAUAGGAAGUUAAUGGGAGGUUAUCAGACUACAGAUAUAGGAAGUUAAUGGGAGGUUAUCAGAAUACAGAUAUAGGAAGUUAAUUGGCGGUUAUCAGAAUACAGAUAUGGGAAGUUAAUGGGAGGUUAUCAGACUAAGAUAUGGGAAGUUAAUGGGAGGUUAUCAGACUAAGAUAUAGGAAGUUAAUGGGAGGUUAUCAGAAUACAGAUAUAGGAAGUUAAUGAGAGGUUAUCAGACUACAGAUAUAGGAAGUUAAUUGGCGGUUAUCAGAAUACAGAUAUAGGAAGUUAAUGGGAGGUUAUCAGACUAAGAUAUAGGAAGUUAAUGGGAGGUUCUCAGACUACAGAUAUAGGAAGUUAAUGGGAGGUUAUCAGAAUACAGAUAUAGGAAGUUAAUGGGAGGUUAUCAGAAUACAGAUAUAUGAAGUUAAUUGGCGGUUAUCAGAAUACAGAUAUAGGAAGUUAAUGGGAGGUUAUCAGACUAAGAUAUAGGAAGUUAAUGGGAGGUUAUCAGAAUACAGAUAUAGGAAGUUAAUGAGAGGUUAUCAGACUACAGAUAUAGGAAGUUAAUUGGCGGUUAUCAGAAUACAGAUAUAGGAAGUUAAUUGGAGGUUAUCAGACUAAGAUAUAGCAAGUUAAUGGGAGGUUAUCAGACUACAGAUAUAGGAAGUUAAUGGGAGGUUAUCAGAAUACAGAUAUAGGAAGUUAAUGGGAGGUUAUCAGACUAAGAUAUAGCAAGUUAAUGGGAGGUUAUCAGACUACAGAUAUAGGAAGUUAAUGGGAGGUUAUCAGAAUACAGAUAUAGGAAGUUAAUUGGCGGUUAUCAGAAUACAGAUAUAGGAAGUUAAUUGGAGGUUAUCAGACUACAGAUAUAGGAAGUUAAUGGGAGGUUAUCAGAAUACAUAUAUAGGAAGUUAAUGGAAGGUUAUCAGGCUAAGAUAUAGGAAGUUAAUGGAAGGUUAUCAGAAUACAGAUAUAGUAAGUUAGUGGGAGGUUAUCAGACUACAGAUAUAGAAAGUUAAUGGGAGGUUAUCAGAAUACAGAUAUAGGAAGUUAAUGGGAGGUUAUCAGACUACAGAUAUUGGAAGUUAAUGGGAGGUUAUCAGACUACAGAUAUAGGAAGUUAAUGGGAGGUUAUCAGACUACAGAUAUAGGAAGUUAAUGGGAGGUUAUCAGACUACAGAUAUAGGAAGUUAAUGGGAGGUUAUCAGACUAAGAUAUAGGAAGUUAAUGGAAGGUUAUCAGAAUACAGAUAUAGGAAGUUAAUGGAAAGUUAUCAGACUACAGAUAUAGGAAGUUAAUGGGAGGUUAUCAGAAUACAGAUAUAGGAAGUUAAUGGGAGGUUAUCAGAAUACAGAUAUAGGAAGUUAAUGGGAGGUUAUCAGACUACAGAUAUAGGAAGUUAAUGGGAGGUUAUCAGACUAAGAUAUAGGAAGUUAAUGAAAGGUUAUCAGAAUACAGAUAUAGGAAGUUAAUGGAAAGUUAUCAGACUACAGAUAUAGGAAGUUAAUGGGAGGUUAUCAGAAUACAGAUAUAGGAAGUUAAUGGGAGGUUAUCAGAAUACAGAUAUAGGAAGUUAAUUGGCGGUUAUCAGAAUACAGAUAUGGGAAGUUAAUGGGAGGUUAUCAGACUAAGAUAUAGGAAGUUAAUGGGAGGUUCUCAGACUACAGAUAUAGGAAGUUAAUGGGAGGUUAUCAGACUACAGAUAUAGGAAGUUAAUGGGAGGUUAUCAGACUAAGAUAUAGGAAGUUAAUGGAAGGUUAUCAGAAUACAGAUAUAGGAAGUUAAUGGAAAGUUAUCAGACUACAGAUAUAGGAAGUUAAUGGGAGGUUAUCAGAAUACAGAUAUAGGAAGUUAAUGGGAGGUUAUCAGAAUACAUAUAUAGGAAGUUAAUUUAAGGUUACCGGACUACUGAUAGUGGGUACUUGGCAAUGAGCAUGCACAUAUAUUAGUCUACUCUUUGCAACCUGAAAGCCCAGCUUGGUCACAAAUAAAUAUAGGAUGGGGUUGGUGUGUGCAACGCCUUAAGCUUGAAGCUGGUCCUGAAGGAAUUAACAGAGGAGGCAAAGCAGUCGGCUGCUUGCAGACCAACUUCAAGGUUAAACUGGUUUUAUGGUUAAGACCGUGCCAGACUCUCCUAGCCCCAUAAAAACAUAAUUGAAGUAAGUAGUUCCUUUGAUCACAAUUUCAAAUCUUUCCCUAUCACUUUCAAAUUCUCAAAACUUUUUUUUUUAUUCAAAGAUUCUUGUAAAUCAUUCCAUCUCAGUCGGCGCUUCCAUCUUUACCGGGCAGACAGGUCUCCUGUCUGCUUUCCUCUGGUUCACUUGGUCUGUUCCCAUCUAGAUGUUAAAUCAGCCUGGUCAUGGUUUGGUUUGGGGUUUUUUUCUUUCAGUUUUAAUUUUCUUAUGCCCAUUGGAGGGUUGAAAGAAGUAUUAACCUAUAUUUAUAUUUAGAAUGGUUUCUCCUUUGCACCUGGAUACCUCUGUCCAUGAAACCUGCAGUUUGCAUUCAGUGGAAGAGAUUUUACUGAUGGGUUGUUGGGCAAUCUGAUAACUGAAAUAGAAGCUUGCUUUAAGGUUAAACCCAUUGUCCUGUUUUGUCAAUAUGGCUGCUAUACAUAAGGAAACGUCAUUCUUACUUUUCGUUAUGUGUUUUACAAAAACUACAGCAGCCCUGGAAAAAAAAUAGAGAUUCAGACACAGAAGAUCUAUGGAAGCAGAUUAGAGUGAGUUAAUUUUGGUGACAAAUCCACUUUAAUAGUAAAAAGCUUCACUGUGUGGUACAUGCACCCACCCCAGUGAACACACGGAGCGCUAAAGAAUAUUUCCACUUACCCUCACUGUAGGUGUGAGGUGUAUUAUUCUAGAAUGAAAACUACUAAGAGAGUAGUAUAUCCAGUAUAGUGUAUAUGAUUAUAUAUAUAUAUGUAUAUAUAUAUUGUACACUCAUAUGUAGCUGAGCCACAUAGGAAAGUGCAUAUAUAUGUGGAUGCAAUCUGCUAAACUUAUUCAGAGCCCAUAAACCUCGGCUCUGAGUUAGUAGCGUUAUGUGUCUAUAAUGGAGACCCGUACACCGUUCUUUGUAGCAGGAACAAGGCAGUGGAGUCUCCAAGUGGGAUAAAAAUGCAUUUGCCGCCAUAGAGGCUUUUUCAAUCGGUUUAACUACCCAGGUAUACCUUCCUGCUCUUAAAUGUUCAACAUUUUCUUAUUGGUCCAUUUCGUGCGUGGUACGCCAUCUUCAGUGAUGUAAUUCAUUCCUUGUUGGUGAUAUCAAUCUGAAUCACCUGAACCAGAAAUGGUGCGGCGAAUUCUCCGUCACUUCCGGUUAUCGGUCCACACCAUCUUUGUAGAGGGAAACAUUCCAGGAAAGUUGAUGUAUUAGUGUAUACAUAUUUCGUCCAUCAAAAAGUCUCAUAUACACAGAAAUAGUGUACUCAGAGGAUUGCAUAUAUGUAAAUAAAGACAAAGAGAGAAUGAGAAUUAAUGAAUGUUAUUUUAAAUACAUAUUGACAAAGAUUAAUAUAACCAUAGAAUUCUGCCUAAAAAUAAUUACUAAAGGGGUAUUAAAAUGUAUAUAAAAUACAUGUAUAAAAUGCUAACAACUAAGAAAAUAUUAAAAUAUGGCAUUGAAAAUUAUAAGAAAUGGCAAAGCUCAAAAUCACUGUUAAGACCACGAGGUAGCAUAGUUUUUAAAUUAAAAACCCACCUCAUUUCUGUUUUGGCCCAGGAUUUUAAUUAAAUCUUAACCUCUCCAAUUGGGUAGGAUUCUUUGAAUGCCCAUACAUUUCAAAUGACUUUGGUCUUCAUUCUGGGUAUUUUUAAUGUGCAGUGACAGACUGUUUUUCAAACCCACUUCUUAGAUUUCUAAUAUGCUCUUGAAUGGGAGUGUUUAAAGUGCGGAUUGUCCUACCCACAUAAGAGACCACAAGGGCAAAUGAUCAUAUAAAUAACUUUCUUGGAGUAGCAUGUAAUGUGUUUUUAUAUUAAAAUUCUCAUUAGGAUUCUGUGGAUGGUUGAAAUGAGAGAUUUUUUUGUUUAGUGUUUAACCCCUUAAGGGCCAAACUUCUGGAGUAAAAGGGGUUAAGGUAUCCUGGGCCAAAACAGAAAUGAGGUGGGUUUUUAAUUUAAAAACUAUGCUACCUCGUGGUCUUAACAGUGAUUUUGAGCUUUGCCAUUUCUUAUUUUCUAUGCCAUAUUUUAAUAUUUUCUUAGUUGUUAGCAUUUUAUACAUGUAUUUUAUAUACAUUUUAAUACCCCUUUAGUAAUAAUUUUUAGGCAGAAUUCUAUGGUUAUAUUAAUCUUUGUCAAUAUGUAUUUAAAAUAACAUUCAUUAAUUCUCAUUCUCUCUUUGUCUUUAUUUACAUAUAUGCAAUCCUCUGAGUACACUAUUUCUGUGUAUAUGAGACUUUCUGAUGGACGAAAUAUGUAUACACUAAUACAUCAACUUUCCUGGAAUGUUUCCCUCUACAGAGAUGGUGGACCGAUAACCGGAAGUGACGUGACGGGGAAUCUGCCGCGCCAUUUCUGGUUCAGGUGAUUCAGAUUGAUAUCACCAACAGGGAAUGAAUUGCAUCACCAGGACAUGGAGGAUUGGUGAUUUGCAUACAAUGCACGAAACGGACCAACAAGAAAUGUUCUGAACAUUUAAAAGCAGGAAGGCAUACCUGGGUAUUUAUACCGAUUGAAAAGGCAGCUAUUGCGGCGAAACACGCCUCGGGAGCUCCUUGGGAGGUUUUUAUACUUUACAUAUAAACAUAGAAUGUGACGGAAGAUAACCAUUCGGCCCAUCUAGUCUGCCCAAUAGUUCAAAAUGCUUAAUACUUAAUUAGUCCCUGGCCUUAUCUUAAGUCUAGGAUAGCCUUAUGCCUAUCCCACGCAUGCUUAAACUCCUUUACUGUGUUAACCUCUACCACUUCAGCUGGAAGGCUAUGCCAUGCAUCCACUACCUUCUCAGUAAAGUAAUACUUCCUGAAAUUAUUUUUAAACCUCUGCCCCUCUAGGUUAAGACUAUGUCCUUUUGUUGUGGUAGUUCUCCUUCUUUUAUAUGAGUUUGUUUUGUAAUAAACCUAGAUAUUUUUAUCCCACUUGGAGACUCCACUGCCUUGUUCCUGCUACAAAGAACGGUGUAUGUGUCCCCAUUAUAGACACAUAAGUCUACUAACUCAGAGCCGAGGUUUAUGGGCUCUGAAUAAGGUGAGCAGACUGCAUCCACAUAUAUAUGCACUUUCUUCCAUUUUUGUGACUUAUUACGUUAGAUCCUCUUUUAAGCACAUCAAAGAUUCAGAGGAAGAGGGACAGAGUCAACGUAGUACACAGCCACUUAAGUGAUCUGAGCUGGUUCUAUGUGGCUCAGCUACAUGUGAGUGUACACUAUAUAUAUAUAUAUAUAUAUAUAUAUAUAUAUAUAUAUAUAUAUAUAUAUAUAUAUAUAUAUAUAUAUAUAUAUAUAUAUGUAUAUAUAUAUAUAUAUAUAUAUAAUCAUAUACACUAUACUGGAUAUACUACUCUGUUAGUAGUUUUCAUUCUAGAAUAAUUCACCUCACACCUACUGUGAGGGUAAGUGGAAAUAUUCUUUAGCGCUCCGUGUGUUCACUGGGGUGGGUGCAUGGACCACACAGUGAAGCUUUUUACUAUUACCAUGAGGGAUAUUCACACAUAGGUGGUAGCAGCUUGUCUAUUUUUAUAAUACUGUACCUAUUGUUUAAACGCCUAUUACACUACUUAUUGCAAAUCCACUUUAAGCUUACUGGCCAGAUCCUCAUCUACUGCUUUAUCAAUUUCUCUAUCUCAAGCUAUGAUUUUUUUUUUUGUAAAAUUUUGUAACAAAAAAAAUAUAUGUAAUAUUCAUUCUUUACUGCUCUUGAAGGUUUGGAAUUCUUCUUUUGAGACCUAAUGUGGAUAUGAGCAAAGAGAGGUAAGUUAAAUCAGUACUUCCACGUAAGUGUUCUUCUCAAACUGGGAAAGUAAUCUACAAGGUAAUAUGGCCCAUGGAGAGGUAGAAUGGGAACUCAAACCACCAGAUGUCCGUUGGGAUGAUGUAGAAUGGGAACUGGAUCACCACUCCAUUGGGAUGAGGUAGAAUGGGAACUCAAACCACCAGAUGUCUGUUGGGAUGAUGUAGAAUGGGAACUGGAUCACCACUCCAUUGGGAUGAGGUAGAAUAGGAACUCAUACCAUCAGAUGUCCGUUGGCAUAAGGUAAAAUGGGAACUGCAUUAGAGCUCCAUUUGCAUGAGGUAGAAUGGGAACUCAAACCAUCAGAGCUCCAUUUGGAUGAGGUAGAAUGAGAACUGGAUCAGAGCUCUAUUGGGAUGAAAUUGUGUUGAGUGAUACCAGCUCCAUUUUUAAUCAUUGCUAUAGUGAAUUCACACUUUGCUGGUAGAUGAGCGUUCUAAUACCAACUGGGUGUUCUUCGUAAUGUAGCCACUUUGUAUAGAGGUAGUUCAUAUACCCAGCUAGGUAGAACUUUGUACAAAAAAGGGGGUAGUUGAUUUAAAUAAGAUGCUAAGCACCCACACAACUGUAGCUAAGGAAGGUGUGAAUAUGGCUGCAGGGGCAGGAUCUAUACACCAGCGAAUGUCCAUUUAAAUGUAAGAAUCAUUUAGAAAUCCCUCAGUGUUAAUAGAAUUGUAAGUUUAUGGGAAAUGUAAAAAAUUCUGCUUAUGAGUCGGUUCAUUUCCUGGUAGAAUAUUCUGUGAAUUACCUUUCUCUUGCAUUCACCAUGUCUACUGAUUCCAGCUGUCUGGAGAUUCUAGAGAGAACACAUGUGACUGGCUGCCAGUUCGGGUAUGUACAUUCCUCAGGGAUUCAUUUUGGGAAACGUUGUUGUAUUGGAAUUGUUUUUUUGUUUUUGUUUUUUUACAUUUAGGUUUUUUUUUUGUUCAGAAAGAAGCGCCUAUUCUUUAAAUACUGGCACCAGGACCAACUCACACAUUGUGUACUAAAGCUGAUACGAGCGGCUGUUGUUUUCCAAAAGUGUAAGUUCAAAAGAUCUUUAGAUAGAAAUGUCGCUAUAAUGCAUUACAUAUUCAUUUAAUAAACAACCUAGAAUAAUCUGUGAUUGGCUAGUCUAGACAGGCAAGUAGCGUAGAAUUAAUCACUGGCCAGAUAGACUAGAAUACACUAGCCAAGCUUGAAUGUCCACCAUUGGGCAGUAUAGAAUGCACAGCACUAGCCAACCUUGAAUGUCCACCAUUGGGCAGUAUAGAAUGCACAGCACUAGCCAAGCUUGAAUGUCCACCAUUGGGCAGUAUAGAAUGCACAGCACUAGCCAACCUUGAAUGUCCACCAUUGGGCAGUAUAGAAUGCACAGUACUAGCCAACCUGGAAUGUCCACCAUUGGGCAGUAUAGAAUGCACAGCACUAGCCAACCUUGAUUGUCCACCAUUGGGCAGUAUAGAAUGCACAGCACUAGCCAAGCUUGAAUGUCCACCAUUGGGCAGUAUAGAAUGCACAGCACUAGCCAACCUUGAAUGUCCACCAUUGGGCAGUAUAGAAUGCACAGCACUAGCCAACCUGGAAUGUCCACCAUUGGGCCGUAUAGAAUGCACAGCACUAGCCAACCUUGAUUGUCCACCAUUGGGCAGUAUAGAAUGCACUGACCUAGCCAGCCUGGGAUGUCCACCAUUGGCCAGUAUAGAAUGCACUGACCUAGCCAACCUUGAUUGUCCACCAUUGGACAGUAUAGAAUGCACUGACCUAGCCCAUUGGGCAGUAUAGAAUGCACAGCACUAGCCAGCCUUGAUUGUCCACCAUUGGGCAGUAUAGAAUGCACAGCACUAGCCAACCUUGAAUGUCCACCAUUGGGCAGUAUAGAAUGAACAGCACUAGCCAGCCUGGAAUGUCCACCAUUGGCCAGUAUAGAAUGCACAGCACUAGCCAGUCUGGAAUGUCCACCAUUGGCCAGUAUAGAAUGCACAGCACUAGCCAGCCUUGAAUGUCCACCAUUGGGCAGUAUAGAAUACACUGACCUAGCCAGCCUGGAAUGUCCACCCCUGGCCAUUAUAGAAUGCACAGCACUAGCCAGCCUGGAAUGUCCACCAUUGGCCAGUAUAGAAUGCACAGCACUAGCCAAGCUUGGAUGUCCACUGUGACGGUCUGCUAAGGUAUCACCAUCACGGAUAACCCUUUUCAAAGAAAAAAACAGAAAAUAAUUCACACAGGCAAAAUAUCACUGAUAUAGAAUAACCCCACACACAUGAGCCAAGGCUUAAUGCUUGGUGAAGACUGAUUUUAAUGGAAGUAGAGGCAUCAAAUUUAUACAGUCCAUAAACUCCUCCUCUGUGACUGAGAAAUAAUUGAGUCACUAAAUAUACUCAAUUAUCUCCAAGUAUAGAAAAACAUACAAUUUUGCAACACCCCAAAAGUCACAUCCUGGAUGGCUUGAAUCAGGGCGAACAAUAUAUGCAAAAAUCACCCAUAUCCGUUCUGUAGUUUUGAAUCGCUGUCACAGGGACGUUCUGACCGGUGUGCUACGAGGAGUUAACCCAAAAUAGUUCCAUGGAAAUGGUGGCAGGAGCCGCUCUCCAUUCGUCGGGUUUUGUAUGAAAACCACAAAAGAUAGAGGAAAACUGGUUCAUGUAGAAUGCUCCCCAUGUUCGUUAGUCUGUAACUCCCGAACGCCGUUCGUAUAGGUGAACUGGAACAAGCCGUGGGUCCAUGGUGUUUGUGGGAGUGCCUGGCCGAAGUUAGUUCCAGGCACUUAAUGACCAAGACCCGCUGCCAGCUUUCGGGAGACAAGAUGGUAGCCAUCCAAUAUUUCAGCCACCUGCGUUCGAAUGUACGAAAUUGCAGCCACCCAGUGGAGCAUUCUAUUAAUGACUUCCUUUGCCGUUUUUGUACAGAUACAUAAUGUUUCAUGUUCUAAUUGGUUUCUGUUGUGGUCUCAGUUCGAGAACCAAACAAAAUAAACAAAAUGACUAUAAACACGAAUGAAAGUGAUGGGGAUAUUCCUUCACACUGCUCCCCCCUUGCUCACAGCUCUGGCAGACAUGGUUGGACCCUUUCGGGUCAACUUGGGACUGUCCAGGUAGUAUACUGUAUGAGUUAAGACACCAACUCGGUCUGUCGGUGUCAGAAUCAUAUCCUGACAAGCUAGACUUUUUGUUCUGUUGAUUGUUUCUUUAAAACCAAGUUCCUGCACUGAAUAUGUUUUACCACUAGUGGCUUAGCAAAGUACUAGUACCACACCUGAACGAUGAGGCCUGGACGCUAGGUAGGGUGCAUCGCCUUCCGCGACCUGCCCGGUUUGCUGCAGACACACCUAAAGACAUCUGUAAGGGAUCCUGUUAUCCCUGUAGUACCGAUCCUUGCAGCUUCUCCGGAACUCUGAGCAGAAUAAUAAAGUAGUGAUUAUAGCUCCCAAUUCCCCCAAACAUGAGUCGAGGCUUCAUGAAGGGGUAAAACGAUCUGAUUUAUUGAUGGCCAAACUUAGCCUUUUAUGAUAGUCUCCCAGCAAGGAAACUCCCACAGGGGACCUUGUGGGAAACUGUGACAAAAUAUACAGAACCAUUCAGUUUACAGUACAAUUAUUAAACACACCCACAGUAACAGUGCAACCCCUCCUCUCUAUCCUGGAGAUAAUUAACUUAAGUGGUUGGAUAGAACCUAAUUAUCUCCAGGUAGAGAAAAACAUGUCCUUUUUACAUUUGGACUAAACUGUAUUAAAAUCCAUAACUUAUAUUUCGCCUAACGUAGUCUCCAGGUUCCACAUACCCUCAGCUGGGAUCUGAGCGCACAAUAUAGACGAAUAUCGCUCAGAUCCCACGAACACAGUUCUCAAUAUCGUCGAGUAAAGUUUUUAGUUCACCGGUUGUUCGGGGAAUUGAAUCCGAAAAGAGUUCCAUAACUGCAGCUACCUGGGGUCGGUCUAGCUCGUAUAGUAGGAAAGUCCCGAACGGUAAGGUGUUUGUGAGUUAUUAAACGAAUGGACUGGGACUUGGUACACUUCCCCAGUGUGCAGCUAAAUAAGUGUCUGAAAACAGUUCCAGAGGGUCGACGACCAUCUACCGCUGAGCGUUCGAUUUUAAAAUGUCGACCGCCACGUCAUCGGUAAACGAACGCGGACCACCAAGCCUUUCCUCAAUUACCUCUGUGGCAGUCCUGAAACCUGAGGUGGGAAUGGCUAAAUUUAAAGAAUGGGGCCUGCACCACGCUAUGGAACAUUCCUCGCCACAGAGGCCUCCACCGAAAAAGAUGAGACCUGAAUGGACAUUAGCCGGUUCCCCAGCAAAGCUAAAUGCCACGGCCACUGAUUGAGCAACAGCCAGAGUUCCUUCGAAUAUCCAUAGAUCACUUGAGUAUCACUAAAUGUUUGUUGUUUUUUUGUUAACCGUUUUUCCCAUGAAUACCGAAAGUCCAAGCUAUAUGUCUUGAAUGUCUUGCAAACUGUUAGUGGUGGAAGUCCAAUGAUUAGGGGAAAUUAGGGCGCAUGGCAGUAGGUAGACCCCUGAGAUCGCUAGAACUUAGAUAGCACAGCUACAGGGUUCCCAGGUGCCGGACAUUAGCAGUUCUUACCACUUACCAACAAUAUUUGGCGCCCAUAACAAUAUUCACCUCCCCGAAUUAAAUGGAUGUGCAGCCUGCACACCCUGGUGGAACCCCUUGUCACUCCACAUAGACCUGAAAUAACUGCCUUGGGUGUGGCAGAGUAGCACGGCAUAGAGGUGUAUCGUCCGGGCCCUCCAAUUAUUUAAUUAGCUUAGGAUAAAGGAAACCUCGGCUCAUUAACAAAUCCUUGUCCCUUGACCUUUCCAACCCCCAGCCACGGGAGUAAAGGUGUAUAGCCAGGAUUGGCCCAUGGCUGCCAUCGCCACCAGACUUCAUUCACUUUAAUAUAUUCAAGCAAUGGGAAUCGGUAUUGUUUAUAGUACUAUUUUUAACAUCCAAAUCUACGUUUCUAGUGUUCAGCAUAGUUUCAAUCUCCUUUCUAAGAUCCAAACGAUAGGCAGAUAUCAUGACCUGAAUUGGCGCAUAACACGCAAUGCAAACACCCCAGCUCACUGUCACCUUCCCAAGAACUGGUCCCGAAGACAGAAAUCACUGCUCAGCUACGAGCAGACAAACUCUGCAUUCUUGCGGUGAGAGAAUACACCAGCCUAUGGGAAGGUGGGACACAUAGAAACAAGGCUAAUACACAUUAAGCUGAUCCACAAUAAUUACAAUGGCGUCCUCAUUUAAAAUUCUCUCCCUUAACGUAAAGUGUCUCAACAGUCCACACAAACGCCUAGCCAUCCAAGAAAUGGUGAAAUCCAAAGCAGCUAUAGUGUGUUUCCAGGAAACUCACUUACGCUCCCGUCAACUCCUCCAACUCAACACUGAAAAGUACCCCCAAGCCUUCCACGCCUAUUCCCCAAGCAAAUCUAAAGGGGUCUCUGUUUACUUCCACACAGUCUGGGUCUUCCAAGAAACCAAAAGAUAUACAGAUGCAUUGGGUAGACUGUUAAUAUUGGUGGGAUCUCUGAACGGUUUUCUAGUUACAAGUGUAUCCAUCUAUCCCCCAAAUGAGGACCAAAUAACCUUUAUUCGCCAAGCCCUGAAAAUAAUUGACACCCUGAAACCGUGGCACGUCUUUAUCUGUGGCGACUUUAACUGUGCACUAAAUCCAGAGUUGGAUAUCAGGAGGGAACAGAAUAGACACCCCACAGCGCAAUCAGGCACUAAGGGAACCCUUUUUUCCAACUUGCUCUUCGAGUGUAAUCUGUAUGACACAUGGCGUUCCAAGUACCCAAAAGACAAAGACUAUACCUACUUCUCCCCAGUCCAUAUGACUUAUUCACAAAUAGACCUUUGUGUGGUGGGCAACACGACCCUGCCUAAUAUGGUGGAGGUGACCAUAGGGUUGAGGACGUGGUCAGACCAUGCACCAGUCGUGGUUACAUUCGCAGCACUUUACCCAGCCCGGGGAAGUGGAGACUAAACGAAGGGCUGUUAGGCGUGGCCCCGAUGUUGACCGUAGUAACUAAGGAAACCUCUGUGUACUUUAAGGAAAAUACCUCAACUGAUAUCCCACUUAGCACGGUUGGGUAGCACACAGGGUGGUGAUGAGAGGGGUGUUCAUCAGAGAGGGCGCAAAAGGAAAAAAAAAAUCACUAUAGCAACACAAAACAUUGUUACUGAGGGGACUAACAGAGUUGGAAACACAGAAUAAAUCAAUGCUGUCCAAAACACUCUCCAACAUAUAGGAGAACUUCAGAACGAGCUACGCCCUCUAUCCCUGCUUACGACCAUUGGAUGAGAUCCUUGAGACUAACACACUACACUUUCCCUCCAAAGGCAAACAAUACAACUCAGCGGACAUCGUCAAUGAACUAGAACAGUACUACCACAAUCUUAGAGAUGACCAGAAAACACCCCACCCGACCACAAUUGACCCCAUUCAUCACUAUGCUUUUUAA